AUGAAUUGCUGGAAAGGAGCCAUAGGCAGCAACUGGAUUUAUCCCACAGUCAUCAUUUGUGCGAAUGGAUUUUUUUCCACGAUGAGGCCAUCAGAAUCUUUCCUCACUCCUUACUUAAGUGGACCAGACAAAAACCUAACAAUUGAACAGGUUACCAACCAGAUUUUCCCCGUUUGGACAUACUCCUACCUCGCACUCCUGCUCCCAGUUUUCCUGAUUACAGACUACGUGCGCUACAAGCCCGUCCUCCUCCUCCAGGGCAUCAGCUACAUCGUCACAUGGCUCUUGCUCCUCUUCGCUCACGGCGUGGUGGCCAUGCAGGUGAUGGAAUUCUUCUACGGGAUGGUGACAGCCACCGAGGUUGCCUAUUACGCCUACAUCUACAGCGUUGUCAGCGCCGAUCGCUAUCAGAGAGUGACGAGCUAUUGCAGGAGUAUCACCCUUGUUGCGGCCACAGUUGCUGCAGUGCUGGGACAGCUGCUGGUUUCCUUGGCAGACGUAUCUUACUUUCAUCUCAACGCCAUUACCCUCGCUUCUGUGUCCCUGGCAUUCCUGUGUUCCUUUCUCCUCCCAAUGCCCCAAAAGAGCAUGUUCUUCCAUAAAAAAGGUGUCUCUGAAACCCUCCCACAACCACAAAAACCUGUGGCUACACUCAGUUCCAACGGGCCAUCGAGCUGCCAACAACAGGACAAGGACUGCGCAGCUGCUGACACGGGACCAGCACCACAACAGCAGGCUGAACAGCCCAAGCCCCAAAACCACAUGCUCAGAGUACUGGUGCAGCUGAGCAGAGACUUGAGGGAUUGCUACAGCUCUAGGAAGCUGCUUUACUGGUCCCUGUGGUGGGCUUUGGCUACAGCAGGCUUCAAUCAGAUUGUGAAUUACAUCCAAGUGCUGUGGGAUUUCAGAGCCCCCUCUCACAGCUCUGCAGUGUACAACGGAGCUGUUGAAGCAAUAGCAACUUUUUUAGGUUCAGCAACAUCCAUGGCAGUUGGAUAUGUCAAAGUAGACUGGGAUCUUUCUGGAGAACUGGCUUUGGGAAUGUUCUCCGCAAUGGAUGCUGGUUCUCUGUUUCUCAUGUACUUUACAGACAACAUCUGGGCAUGUUACGCUGGUUACCUUGUAUUUAAGGCAUGCUACAUGUUCCUUAUAACAAUAGCAACGUUCCAGAUUGCUGUCAACCUAAGCAUGGAGCGUUAUGCAUUGAUGUUUGGCUUCAACAACUUUGUUGCACUGGUGAUCCAGACAAUUUUGACUGUUAUUGUAGUAGACUCAAAAGGUCUAGGACUGGAUAUCAGCACCCAGUUUCUCAUUUAUGGCAGCUACUUUGCAUUCAUAGCUGGAAUUUUCCUGACCAGAAGCAUAUACAUCAUUAUCUCCAUCAAAUGCAGAAAUGCCAGCGUGGCUCGUGAACCUAUUGAUCAUUAAGGGGAAAGAGAUGAAAAGAAU